AUGUUGUUCAUCAUCAGCUCAAAACGCGAGGAAAACGAAGCGGCGGUGCCAGGGAGGGCAAAGGGCGGUGCUGGGCACCCCAGCAGCACCAGCCGAGGUGGCUUCAGGGACGGGGUGGGAGCACAUCCCCGUGGGUUCAGGGGAGCGCUUUGGGAAGGAAGGAGCAGGGACAGAACAACCCCCGCGGGGACAGACGGCCCCGGGCCCCAGGGCUGGGCUGAGCCCGGGUUUAUCCCUCGAUCUCCCGCAGGAAAGCGGCUCCAUCAGCUCCGGCAUCGGCUCUGCAUCCUGAGCGGAGCGGGGAGGGGAGGGCGCGGGGGCGGCUCUGCCCAGCAGCCCUGCCCGGAGCCCCGAGCCCUGCCCGGAGCCCCGCAGCCCCUCCCGGAGCCCCGAGCCCUGCCCGGAGCCCCGCAGCCCCUCCCGGAGCCCCGCAGCCCCUGCCCCGCCGCCUCCUCCUCCCUCCCUCACCAUGCUGGACAUUUUCAUCCUGAUGUUUUUCGCCAUCAUCGGCCUGGUGGUCCUGUCCUACAUCAUUUACAUGCUCUAAGGAGCCGCCGCCGCCCAAGAUGCGGCUCAGCAGCGGCCUCGCCAGCCGAGCGGCGGCCAGCCUCCGCCCGGUGCGCGUCCCUCGGAGCCUUCUGGAACAGCGUUAACCUCUGCGAGCCCGGCGCGGAGCACGGAGCGGUCACGGAGCCGGCGGGGCCGGGGCCGGGAAUGGGGGGACACGGGAGGGGCUCCGAGGGGCUGUCCCGCUGCCGGGACCCGGCUCAUCCCCCUGCCAGGACCCGUGUCCUUCACCCUGUCAGGACCUGCGUCCUUCCCGCUGCCGGGCCCUGGGAUGCUCCCGGUGACGCACGCGGUGUCCCCAGGGGGAUGAGAAGGGUCCUGUCCCCCCCUUGUGUCCUGUCCCCUCGGUCCGAGGCCGCUCGUCUGGGCUUAAUUUUAGGCAGCGGCUCCCAUUUUUGACGAGCGAUGUUCGGGGAGCGGAAUAAAGAGGAAUGAGCCAGGAGAGGGAA